AGAUUGAAAAACCAGCAGUAUACUAGUAUGGCACCCAAGAGGAAGAGUAGUAGUAGAGCAGGAUCUACCAAGAAACAGAGCAAAAGCCAGGAAACGAAAAAUGAGCUUUUGAGUCCGGGAAAGAUCGAAGAGUUAUCUAAAGAAGUCAUCACAUCAGCUAAACAUUACAAUAAUCUUGUUUCCUUAAUAGAGCAAUUUGAACUAGUUGGAGCUAAACUACAAAAAGAGGAGAAUGAAGAGAUAGAGUCCAUUGGUCGUCUUCUUGCGGUUUCGUUAUUCAAAGCUUUUCAAGGUCUUUUCAAAGAAGGAGCCAUAAUACCAAAAAAGUCUAAUGAUGAGAAGAAACAAUUAGUUGCCAAAUGGUUAUCAGGUAAAUAUGAACAGUAUAAAGAAGGUAUAAGGAACUUCCUUAAGGAUAGGCUUGCAUAUGAAACAUCAUUACAAAUCGAUGUUUUAGAAAUAUAUCUCAAUUUGAUUAAGCUAGAAUCGGAAUAUAUGAAAUCAGGAGCAAAAGAUUUAUUUUUCGCUAAUACCACGUACUUGAAGUUAGUUCAAUCAUUGUUAGAAAGUGUGAACGGAGAAAUCUUAAGUGACGGGUCAACUGAUAACUUUAUAAUUUUAGAAUUUAAUGAAUUUUUCCAAAAAAAUUGGGAUUUACAAUUUUAUUUUGUUAACAAUUUAAAUGAAAUAUUAAGUGAAUGGAAAAAUGUUAAAACAGCAAAUGAAUUACAAUUGAUUUUUGCAAAUUUUUAUACUAUUAUGCGUAAUAAUUUACUUUUCUCUCAAGAUUCAGAGAUUUUAAAAGAUCAACCUACUUGGAUACCAAAUAAGUUACCAUCAAUUGCUUAUAAAGCACCUCAUUUCCGAACUCAGUACCAAAAAUCUUUCAUUACAAUUUUAUCAUAUCCAUUAUUAACAAGCCAAUAUAAAUCAGUAUUAUCAAUCUUACAUAAAAGAAUAAUACCAAAUCUUGCACAACCAGCUACAUUAAUGGAUUUCCUUACUGAUUCUUAUAACGUUGAAGACGAUUACGCAGUUCCAAUUCUUGCAUUAAACUCUUUAUAUGAACUUAUGAAAAAAUAUAAUUUAGAAUAUCCUGAUUUUUAUACAAAAUUAUACUCAUUAUUAACUCCAGAAUUAUUAUAUACUCGUUAUCGUUCUCGUUUUUUCAGACUUUGCGACCUUUUCCUUUCUUCCACUCACUUAGCUGCUCAGCUUGUUGCAUCCUUCAUCAAAAAAUUAGCUAGACUAGCCUUAACUGCAUCCGCCGGUGGGGUGGUUAUUGUUAUCCCUUUCGUAUACAAUCUUCUCAAAAGACAUCCUUCUUGUAUGGUCUUGAUCCAUAACUCCGAGCAAUCAAAAGAUUCCGACUACUCUGAUCCGUUUGAUCUAAAUGAGACCGAUCCUUUGAAAACUGGUGCCAUGGGUUCAUCUUUAUGGGAAUUAGAAACAUUAAUGUCUCAUUAUCAUCCCAAUAUUGCCACUUUGGCCAAAAUCUUUAGUGAGCCCUUCAGAAAACCAAGUUACAACAUGGAAGACUUUUUAGAUUGGAGUUAUAUCACUUUGUUAGAAAGUGAAAAAAUAAGAAAAUACAAAGGCCAUGCUGCUUUGGAGUACCAAGAAUGGGAAAACAUCUUUGAUUCAAAGAGUGAUUCUCCUUCCACUUACCUCGAAGGAUGGACCCUUUAAGUAGAUCUUCAUGUAACAAUAAAUUCGAUUUUUUGC